UAUGUGUGCCAUGGUCUAACCCAGCCAGUGUUGACAAUAGGGUGAAAAAGAAACCAGCCCCGAAUUAUAAACGAGCUAAAGGAUAAAACACCAAAAACCCAGGGGUUUGGGGAAGACAGGCAAUUGAAUCAGUAACAGGAAUGUAAUUGCGUAAUCGUUUUUUAUACAGCCGUGUUUUGUUAUUAAUGGGAGUUUGAGGAUUAUUCCGUUGGAAGGAAAACGGGUACUCGUGGGUUUGGCUGUUUUCAGGCCAGAUUUUCCUGCUGUUUUGCCCGCUGCUGCUGCUUGGGGGAAAAGGCUGUUUCUGCACCGUGCUGGAGGUAGCCUGUUAGCCCCGAUAUAUUUCCAAACGUAGGAUAAACUCCGCCGCCGUCUCCGUUGCAAAACCCACAAGAGGAUCAAGGUAAAGUACUACGAUUGGAGAGCUAACAGCCAGUCGGUCGGCUGCAGCUUGUCGGGCUCGGGACUCGGGACGGUGUGUGUUUCCCCGGUCUGUCACUUAGCAUUAGCACUGCUCCCCUUCCCCCUGUAUUUACAUCUGGGAUGAUGGGUGAUCGCCCAAGUCCGCCCAGCAGGGCUAUGUCCUCGGCAGCCACCACAUCUCCAUCUGUGGACAAAGUGGACGGAUUUUCACGGAAGUCUGUCAGGAAGGCCAAGCAGAAGCGGUCGCAGAGCUCGUCCCAAUUCCGCUCUCAGGGCAAACCCAUAGAGCUCACGCCCUUGCCACUGCUCAAGGACGUGCCAGCGCCGGAGCAGCCCGAGCUGUUCCUGAAGAAGCUGCAGCAGUGCUGUACUGUCUUUGACUUCAUGGACACGCUGUCAGACCUCAAGAUGAAGGAGUACAAGCGCUCCACGCUCAACGAGCUGGUGGACUACGUGACCGUCAGCAGGGGCUACCUGACAGAGCAGGCCUACCCCGACGUCGUCAAAAUGGUGUCUCACAACAUAUUCCGGACCCUUCCGCCCAGUGACAGUAAUGAGUUUGACCCCGAGGAAGAUGAGCCCACGCUCGAGGCCUCCUGGCCACACUUACAGUUGGUAUACGAGUUCUUCAUCCGGUUCUUGGAGAGUCAGGAAUUCCAGCCCAGCAUUGCCAAAAAGUACAUAGACCAGAAGUUUGUCCUACAGCUCUUGGAGUUGUUUGACAGCGAGGAUCCUCGGGAGAGAGACUACCUGAAGACAGUCUUGCAUAGAAUCUACGGCAAAUUCCUGGGUCUGAGGGCUUUUAUACGAAAACAGAUCAAUAAUAUUUUUCUACGUUUUGUUUAUGAGACGGAGCACUUCAACGGGGUGGCUGAGUUGCUGGAGAUCCUGGGGAGUAUAAUCAAUGGUUUUGCUCUGCCACUGAAAGCGGAGCAUAAACAGUUUCUGGUCAAAGUGUUGAUCCCCCUCCACACUGUCAGGAGUCUGUCCCUCUUCCACGCACAGUUGGCAUAUUGCAUUGUACAGUUCCUAGAGAAAGACCCAACAUUAACAGAACCAGUCAUCAGAGGCUUACUGAAGUUCUGGCCAAAAACCUGCAGUCAAAAAGAGGUGAUGUUUCUAGGAGAGCUGGAGGAGAUCCUGGACGUCAUCGAGCCCACACAGUUUGUGAAGAUCCAGGAGCCGCUCUUCAAACAGAUCUCCAGAUGUGUCUCCAGCCCACACUUCCAGGUUGCAGAGCGAGCUCUGUACUACUGGAACAACGAGUACAUCAUGAGUCUGAUCGAGGAGAACUCCAGCGUCAUCCUGCCCAUCAUGUUCGCCAGCCUCUACAGGAUCUCCAAAGAGCACUGGAACCCGGCCAUCGUGGCGCUGGUGUACAACGUACUGAAGGCCUUCAUGGAGAUGAACAGUACCUUAUUCGAUGAACUCACAGCCACUUACAAGUCGGACCGCCAGCGUGAGAAGAAGAAGGAGAAGGAGCGGGAGGAUCUGUGGAAGAAGCUGGAGGACUUGGAGCUGAAGAGGGGCCUUAGGAGCGAUGGGAUCAUCCCAACUUAACGAAGACAGCGCCGCGCUCCCCCCUCUGCCCAACUCCCCUCCUCUCUCCCCCUGUGACUCCCCCUCCCCUCCAUCCUGACCCCGACUCCCCCCCCCCCCGACCCCCUCAACAUCAGCCAUGUCAGCUCUGAGAAAUCCCCGAUACAGGCCGCCGUCUCUGGAUGGACACGGAGAGCCCGCUGGUUUCUAAAUUGUUUUUUUUCUUAUGUUUUUUUUUUUCUCCUGUGUUUGUGCGACUUACUUUACAGUAGAUUCAUCACGUCUGUUUUCAUGAUUUCAACAGCACUGUAAAUAAUUUUUUUUCCCUUUAAACUGAUAUUAUUGCAAACAGAAAAACAAAACAAUAAUAAUAAAAAAGGAAGAAAAAAAUAGAAAAUGAGAAAAUGACUUGUGUGGGCGGGUGGAUUAAAAACAGACAACAAAAAAACGACGUUUGGACUUUAGGACGCGGGAAGAACUCUUGGAAAACAAAAAAAUGACAAAAAACAGAAGAUAGAUCGAGUUUAACUCUUCAUCCCGCUCUUCUUCCGUACAGUCCCGUGUGUAAUUUUUAUUUUCCUGGUUGUCCUCUUGGCUUUUCCUCUCGUAUUCUCUGACUUUCUGUUCCCUCUCUCCCUCCUCUCUAAUGGGGCAUCUGCCCCCGUGUGGGACGUCCGACUCAUAAUGGGUUCCCCCUUGCUCAUUAAGGUUGUCCCGCCCUCCUGUCGACAGGUUCCUGUUUUGAAUGGAGUAAAACCACUGAAUAAAUCAUAUUUUAAAAACAAUAUCGGGGACCUUCAGUACACACAGAUCUUUGAGUGCGUUUACAUGCGUGUUCAUGGAAAAGUUUGGAGAUUUGGAUAUCAUUUUUCCAUUCUUUAAUUUAAAAUGUACCUUUUUCAGUCUCAAACGACCUACUUUAAGGUCUAAAAAUACUGAAGAAGUUGAUAUUUCUUCAUCAAAAGACAUCAGAAGUCAGCAAUAUCCCUUCUUUGCAUUUUACCUUUUGUUUUUUUGCAUUUCCUGUGGCUCCUUCACAAUAAAAGCCCAUAUGUUUCCAUCACUUUAAUGUGAACUAGCAGCAAGAUCAAUUCUGAUACAAAGCAAUCAACAAAUGGGGGAAGGCAAUGUUUAUUGAUAUCGCACUGGUGUACAAAAAGUUCUUGUGCAGUGUAUGAUAACUAUUUGAAAGCUAGCAAUAAGGCAAAACAGGCAGGAUUGGAGGUAUUUGCACUCUUCCCUGCCACUCACAAAGAAAUGAUUUUCUGCAUUCAUGCUGUGCAUAAAUCACAAUCUGGGUCUGAAAUUGUGACUUACUACACCUCCAUGUGCAGGACUUUUGUUUUGCUUACUAGUUUGGUGGACAGAUCAACUGGUGAACAGAGAGACAUUAACAUUACAAUAUUAACCAAUGAAUUAAAUCACUUUUUAAUGCAAUUGAGAAACAAAAUAAGUGUAACUUAAUGAAAAGAGAAUCAUUGAAA